UCGUUCUUCAAAGGCAAAAUCUGUUCUGCAGACGGACUCUCUGAAAUAGUCGAACUACUCGAGGCUUCAUCUAGACUUUAUCUGACCUCCUGAGUUAUAAGCUAACUAAAUGUUUCUACCAAGUAGCUAAUUUGUACUACAUUUGCCUGUGAGCUCCUGGCCGGCAUAAAGUUUGGAGCUAUGGCUGACGGUCGUGAAGAGGAGGAAAGAGGACUUGAGCAGGGUGCUGUGGGUGGGGAAGAUGUCAUUAAUGACCCCAUCAUGGAGCAAGGAGCUGUGCUUCUCAGAGGAUAUGUGAUCAGCUGUAUAAAUAUAGAGGACCCGGGGCGACAUGUCUCUCCUGUAGAUCUGGGAGGAAGACCAAAUGAACAACAGGAUCCACAAAUAAAAAAAGUGGUGGAGCAGAUGCUCGAGAUCAACAAAGAGUUAAACCGGAAUGCUGAGCUCCAGCGGCUCAUCAGCCAGGUUCCUAGCAACUGUGCUCAGGAUGUCUUCUUGACGGUGGCCAGGAGCAUCUUUACUGAUGGCAUCAACUGGGGUCGAGUGGUGGCCCUCUUCCAUCUGGCCUACAAACUCAUCUACAAGGCACUGAUCACCAACCAUCCAGAGAACGUCAAAAUUAUCAUCAGCUGGUUGCUCCAGUUCAUCAGAGAGAACCUCCACUUCUGGAUCCUA